GCCCGAUCGAUGGGGUAUUCUGGAGUGCAGGACUGUCCGGCGUGAACUACUCUCUGUUUGUACCCAGCGGACUGGACCGAAUCCCCCCUGGAGUGCACCUGCUGGUCAAUAUCUCGAGUCAAUCACCUUCCAGUAACCGAUUUCGUCAUUUUCUUUACACCCCGCCAUCCCCCACUUUACUAUGAGCAGCAAAAAGUACAAGUCUCAGGCCUCAAGCAGCCGGGCUGCUGCUAGCACAUUUGGCUCAUUUGGAGGAUUCUCCAGCGCAUUCUCCAGUCAGGGAAGGGAACCAUCAUCGCUUACAUACGUCACAGAGCCUCCGGAUCUAUCUCGCAUAUCGGAGGCGCAGUUGACAAUCGCAUUCAAGAAUUUCCUCAAGAAGGAUGAGGUUACCCGCACAAAGGCUCUGGACGACUUGCGCGACCACGUUUUGGCUGUCGAGAGUCGCAAUGGGACCCUUGAUGAUGGGUUCCUGGAAGCUUGGGUCAGGAUCUACCCACGCGCCUCGAUAGAUCUUUCUCGGAGGGUGAGACAAACAGCGCACUCGACCCAGGGAUCUAUUGCGUCUCUUGUCGGAAAGCGCAUUGCUCGCUUCUUGCCCAAGGUCAUUGGAGCAUGGCUUGCGGGACUUUACGACAACGAUCGGCCAGUCCAUCGCGCUGCGCUGGAAUCAUUCACGCGCGUAUUCUCGACCGACGAGAAGAGGAACGGUGUAUGGAAAGUCUACCAGUCCUCCAUUCUGGAUUUCGUAGAUGAUGUCAUUCUCCAACAGACCCCUCAAACGUUGAGCGAUGAGAGGACUGUGAAGGCAGAUGACGCCACAGCCAAAUAUGCACGAGUGGCUGGAACUGCCCUCUUGCUGUUCAACAGGAUACUCGGAAACUCCGCACAAGAGGACCUUGAGAAGGCAACACCCACGAUAGAGACACUUCUAGGAAGUAAGUCCCUGUGGGCUCUAUCGUAUCAUGAAGAUGCUUUCGUGCGCCGGUCACUCUAUGUUCUUGCGCGCACUGCAGUCUCCAAGCAGCCGGAGGAACUGGAUUGGAAACUCAUCAGUGCUGCUUUGAUUGGCAAGUCACUGCACUGUAGCCAAUUGGGCUCCGCAUCGGAACUCUCCGAGACUAUCCUGCAUGUGACCUCCGCAAGGCCUCAAUUGUGGACUGAAGAUCACUCCGGAAAGUCCUCGUCUUCCAAGAGAUUACUUCAAUAUCUUCAGAAAGGUUCUCAGGGUGGCGCAAGCUCCUUCUGGACCAAUUUUUACGAGCUGCUGCAGAUCAUUCCAAUCAAGACUCUUGCACAGGUUGAUUCGAAAUCAACCGAUGAGAACAACGUCGGAGUGACGAGUGCCCGUGCUCUGACAGAGUCUUUCCAGGAGGGACUAAACUCCAGAGACGAGCCUCGGCAAAACCGAGCUGUUGGCUGGAAAGCUUACAUUGAUACUGUUAUGUGGCUUGCAGGUCGGCUUGGUCAGGAUGAGGGAACGAACUUGUUGCGCGAAAGGCUCCGACCUUUGAUUGUACAAUAUGUGAAACCCGAGUCAGACCAGGCUCAAUGGGGUCUACCUCCUCAGUCAGCAGAGCCUAUCUGCACAGAUGCCCUUUUUGUGCUGACCACGCUAGGCUACAAGCAUGUAUUGGAGCAAACGUGGAGAGAGCUGUCAGACAGCUUGCUCGAAGCUGUCAAGUUGUCUUCCCCGGAACAAUCGAAGGACUUCAAAACCUCCCAGGACGCUGUCUGCGCGCAAGCAGAGCGUUUUCUUGCUUUGGAAGCCUCAUUACUUUCUCGAGUAAAAGAUACAGACCAUGAAGCCGAGGUUUCGGAUGUGUUCAAUGCUACUAGCCUUUCGUUGCUUGAUAGCUGUCUGGAGGUUUUGCGCUUGAGGAAUGGCAAGCCGUAUGGAGCGGCUGCUGUUGUCGAACAAACUGUACUCAAAGUUGCGCCGAUUGCCAAAGCCUCGCAGUCACUGUUGAGCUUUGUCCAAGAUGACGCACCGGAGCUCCUGUCGUCGCCUUCCGCUGACAGGCUCAUCUCGAUUAUCCUGUCCUGCCGAUCCUGGGAUGGGUUUGGCUCCAGCUUCGAGAAAGUUUUGGAGAGAGUUGCCCAGUUCGACCCGGAGACUUCGAACGCUCACACUGUACAAAAGCUACUUUCCACCCUCGAUUUCCAAGAAUUGGACGAAAAGAGUGGUCUCAUUUCUCUGAUCAUGCGAGCCCUUGAUAGGGCCUGCAAUGGGAGUGAUUUACACUGGUCAAUUGUGAUCGCAGUGCUUCAGAACGAAACCUCCCACGGAGGACUGUCAGACACGAUCUUCCUAGCAAUCAUCGAUGCCUUGUCAGAUGAUACCAAGGUUUUCGACACCUUGCAUGGUCUCUCUCAAGUCGCGCGGGCUGUUCCCCUGGCAUUCAAAACUUUCCAGAAUGGGCCCCACGGGUCCAAACUAACUGGAAAGCUACUUUUCCUUUCUGAGUUUUCAUCAGAAGAUGUUUCAAGCGUAGCAGAAUCGUUGGCCAAGACCUUGAAGGAGUCGAUCGUUAGCGAGACGAGUGCGAACAAAUCGAGCUUUGAGAUUCUACAGCACAGUUUUGACAAUGUCAAUGACCAAUCGCUAUCGGUUGAGUCACUUGUAACUAUCGCCGAAGAACUGCUGCACAAUGCCAAGGCAGAAGAGGUUGGGAAGGUUGCAAAGGAUAUUCUGCCCUCUCGCGAGUCCUGGGCGAAAGCUUUGGGUCCAUUCCUCGAACUCCCUCCAAGACCUUCAACUGCCAUCACAAGCCCACUCAGUGGUACUGUGCAUUUAGUCAAUCGUGAUUUGUCGGACACACUACAGCAACGUUAUGAAAGUCUUCCUAGGGAUUCAAACAACUCCUCCUCAGCAUUCCGAUUGGCCUAUUUCACUGUCAGAAUCCUUUCUUCUUUCGGUUUAAUCCAAAACCUGGACAAGGCUGAGAUGGAGACAUUGUUCUACAACAUCCCUCUAGCACUGCAGCUCAUUGAUGAUGAUUUGAGUAUCGAGAACUGUAAUGGCAUCAGCGGGAUCUCGCUUCCUGAACAAAGGGAUGAGUAUAUGGAUGUUGUCAACGACGGUUGGAAGGUCGUCAGUGGCUGGGCUCGGUCCCACGAAAAGGGUGCAACCGAGGCCGAAGCGACUAUAUCCUCUAUGCUCUCUGCAUUCUGGAAAGACAAGCUCGAAGGGCUAGAAGAUCUUGCUCCACUCGACUAUCAUAUCGGAGUCGCUUUUGUGAAGAUCAUGGACACCGCCGACUCUUCCAACAGCGCCAAGUCGCCGGAAGAGGUCACCCAGAUUUGCAGGGAUAUGCGCAAAGCGAAUGCCAUCCGCUCGGCUGCUUGGGUAGCUACAUUGCGCCAUGCCAUUCUAUCGAAUCCUACGGGUACGCGGCUGUGCAACGAGUUUGUCGCAGACUCGACUGGACUGAAACCUCAGGAUGAGAAUAAAGACGGGUUGCGAAAGCUGGUUCUCCUUAACCUCCUGCUCGCUGGGGACCAGGACGUCGCGGCGUCCAUACCCACCCAGCGUUUGAUGUUCCUGAUCAAGCAUCUCACCCAAUGCCUUCAAUCUGAUGCUGUAUCCCUUAGCCUCAAGGCCGAGAUUCUUCAGACUCUAGUAUUCGUACUCCCAUGCAUUCAAGAGAUGUACGGCUCUCACUGGGAAGAUUGCUUGGAGAUUCUUGACGCGACCUGGAAGAGGACUAGUGGUGGCGACGAGGCUCUUCCUGUGCUCUUGUCAUCUUACAGACUUUUCGCUAAAUUACAAUCGAUCGUCAGUGACGAAGAGAGUAAUGAUGAUGUGAAGGAUGCGUGGUCGGAUCGGAAAUCGAAGCUAUUUAACAGUUUGACCUCGACUUUGCGAAAAUUUGAUUCGUCAACGAUCUUCGAUCAACCCCGGGACAUCACGGUCGACCUGCUCUGUCGGUUUGUCAAGACCAUUCCGGUCGAGAAUCUAGAGGACGUUAGCAGUGUCUUCUCGCUUCUGACGGCGCAGAGCCGAGCUAUCCAACGCACUGCCUACACUCUGCUGCACCGGUACAUUCCCAGCGUGCAGGAACAGGUAUCUUUCGAUGUGGCUUUGUCGAAGACGACGGUCCGACUACCUGACGAACUCGUGUCUCUGUUGCUUGGCGCACCGACGAUGGACUCGAUCAAUAGAUCUUAUGGCAAUGAGAGGACCUGGACUGAGCUCCGCUCCUAUUUGCUGAGUUGGAAGAUCGUCUUCGAUCACUUUGUCAAUGCGUCUCUCACUGUCCAAGAGAACUAUGUUGCUAGUAUCCGAGAGAAUGAGAGUUUGGACUCAUUGCUGGAGCUCACGUUCGACUUUCUCCAGCAGUCCCACGGCAAGAUGAUUGAUGCGUCCAAGUUUGACAUCCGCUCCUUUGAACCGGAUCAGUCUGAAACCCCUGAAAAGGAGAUCCAAUGGCUUCUUGUGCACUUGUACUUCCUGUGCCUGAAGCAUUUGGCCAACAUGACCAAAGGAUGGUGGAUUGACACGAAAAAGCGCAUCAAGGGACCAGUAGAAGCCUGGACUGAGAAAUACAUCUCUCCAUUGGUUAUUGAAGAGUCAUUGCAAGGAGUCUCUGAGUGGACUCAGACGCAAGAUCCCAACGAAGAACGUGCGCUGCAGGUGAAGAUUGCGCCGAAGACCGCGGAGAUCAUCGCCAGUAUCCCGGUCGACGAGGAUUCGCCGCCAGUCUCGCUGUCGAUCUCGCUGCCACCUGCCUACCCGCUUCAGCCCGCGUUGGUAGUCGGGCGGAGUCGUGUUCUGGUGGACGAGAGGAAGUGGAAGAACUGGCUGACGACCAUUCAGGGUGUCAUCAUGUUUGCCAAUGGCAACAUGAUAGAUGGACUGCUAGCAUUCCGGAAGAACGUGCAGGGGGCGCUCAAGGGCCAGAGCGAGUGCGCUAUCUGCUACAGUGUCAUCUCGACGGACAUGCAGACGCCGAACAAGCGCUGCGCGACGUGUAAGAACACGUUCCAUUCGGUGUGUCUGUUCCGGUGGUUCAAGAGCAGUAACCAGAGCACGUGUCCGCUGUGCCGGAACAACUUUGUUUAUGUUUGAGGUGGUGCUUAGUAUACACUGUACAUAGAAUUGUCUAUCGUGAUAAAAGUGGUAUAGAUAGAAUUGAU